CAAGAUAUUCAACCAAAUUAGAUAUACAGUUAUAAACAACUUACAAAAUAACAAUGCAUAUCCGUCAGAAAUUAAAACAAGGUUGACUGCAAAGCUCCACAACAUGACACUGACGGCGGGCUAUCCUGAGCGCCUCUUGGACGUCAAAGUAAUCAACGCUUAUUAUAAGAAUUACGCUAUUUUUAUCAAGGAUUUCUUUCAAAAUUUGCAGGAUUCGAUACAAAACGUCCAGCGGCAACUCGAGAAGAAGCUCCUGAAUCCCCUUCCGGAAUCCCCUUGGAUCGACGCUCUCACGGGGGAUUCCGUCGCUUAUAGUCACAAGGCGAACACGAUCGUCAUUCCGCCACACUUGCUAAAUCCGCCGCUGUUCCACCGCUAUUACCCGCUACCAAUGAUGUACGGCAGCAUAGGAGUCCAGAUUGCCAGGGAGAUGCUGAGGGCCGUGGGUCCAGCUGGCCUCGUGUGGGACAACCGAGGUCAACUCAUCAACCACACGGUCUACACUAACAGGACGCUGGACAGUCUCCGCGAAGAAUCGGAAUGCGUGGCUUCAGUGACGAUAAAUCUCUCAGUGGAAAAGGACGCCAUUGUUGAGAAGACCGCCCCAGACACGGCCAUGGAGGUUUUGGCCGUUCGCAGCGCUUACCAGGCGCUUCUGUACCUCGAGGAGGAGACGCCCCAACCUCACUUCCCGAGCUUCGAGACGUACAACACCACGAACAUCUUCUUCGUGGCAUAUGCUGGGAGUAUGUGUUCAGCUAUGACGGGAGAACAAGAGGAUCUGCGGCGAACAUGCAGUGCCACGUUAAUGAACAAAGCCAAGCUGAAGGCAGUGCUAUCCCAGCUUCCCGGAAUUCAGCGGAGCCUUCUCGUGUCCCGCAGAUUCUCGACAUUUCUCCAGACGUCCGUGCUCGAAGGCUCACUGACUCCCGCGGUUCUUAUUCAUGGGGCUGCGGCGGUGAUGCCAGGGCGAAGAAGGCGUGUGGAAUAACGGCGGCGUGACAGUCUCAGCGGGG